AUGGAUCACUGGAAGAGUGACCAAUCCACGACCAUUACCAUAAGUGGGUCGGAUCUUGGUCUCCAAGGACCGGGCUAUACAUCACAAAUCACUGUUGGAGGUGUGGACUGUCCUGUGCAAUCGGUUGACAGUCAAGGUAAAUCGAUUGUAUGUACGGUUGCACCUAGCAGCACUGACGGUCAAAAAUUGGUCUAUGUUACAUUCAAGGGUCAAGCAUCAAACUCUGGUGAAUUUAAUCAUAAAUCUGAUAGUUCAGAAGAUGAAUCUUCAUCACAAGAUUCUCAAUCCCAAGAGAAUGACUCGACAACCACUACAACUACAUCUACAACAGGUCCUUCGACAACAGGCGGUGGUGGAUCUUCAACAACAACUGGUGUGAUUACAGUUGGUGCAGAUGCCACUUCUAUUAUUACAGCUAUUAUCACUGCUGUAGUUACAGUUGGUGCUACCUCUGUUGUCACUGCCGGUGUAACUGCUGGUGUUACUGCUGGUGUCAAUUCAACAACCACCGGAAUAGAUUAUACAACAUCUUCUACAACUAUUGGAUCUUCAACUACAACAACUGGAUGGGAUUCAACAACUCUUGGUACUACCUCUAGUUCAUCCAGUACUGGAUACUCAACUUCAACUACAACAGGAGAAACAUCUGGAGUUUCUACCACUACCACCUCAACAACAACAGGACAAGAAAAUCAUUAUGGAACUGUAAAGGGAUUAGCAUUUCAUGAUGCCAUCAUUAAUGGAUUGUAUGAUAAUGGUGAAUUCCCUUUUGCAGGUGUAACUGUAUUACUUUACAACCAACAAAGAAAUAUUACACUUGCAACCAACAUGGCUGGACGAUUUGAACUUGAAUUGGUACCACUCGGUCAUUAUAACAUUACAGUCUCCUCACCUCUUUUACUUUAUCACAUCGAACCAAUUUCUGUCAUUCUCGAUCAAAAUGGACAAAUAAUCAAUACCGAUAUCCCAAUUUCAUCAAAUUGUCAAUAA